UCGAUUCUUCUGGAAUUCCAGUUUCGGGGCCCUUUUAUCAGACGACGCCUGCCGGCUGUGUGCCCGCAGUGAUCGCUGUGCUCCUCCUCUCUCUGUGCUCGCUGUGCUCCUCUCCCCUCCCGCAAGCCAUGGCGAGCGACAUGCUGCUGUACUGGGGCUCGGGCAGCCCGCCGUGCUGGCGCAUCCAGCUGUGCCUGGAGGAGAAGGCGCUGCAGGGCUACCAGCAGAAGCUGCUCUCCUUCGAGAAGCAGGAGCACAAGAGUGCAGCUGUGACCGAGAUCAACCCCAGGGGACAGCUUCCCUCCUUCCGUCACGGUGUCAACAUUAUCAACGAAUCCUUAGGGGCGUGCUUCUACCUGGAGCCACAAUUCAAGGCACAGGGCACAAAACUGAUGCCAGAUGGAGCAGCAGAGCAGGCCUUGGUUCUGCAGCGCACAUUUGAGGUCCUCACCUUGCAACAGAAAUCUGGGGAUGUCAUCUACUACAACUGGCGCAUUCCAGUGCAGGAGCGGCACAACUCUGCUCUGAAACGAAAUACUGAGGCAUUGGCAAAGGAGCUGUUGCUAUGGGAGGGGUAUCUUGCCAAGGUGUGCUACAAAAAUGAUCAGCAUUGA